AAGUAACAAAAAUAUAAAAACUUGGAAUAAAAACACAAACACAGUUUGGUUGUAGGUGAUAAUAGAUAUGGGUUGUAAAAAUAUGAUGUGCGUUUUUGUUAUAUUGAUCACUUUGUUCAAAUACGACGUCGUUGCAGCAGACCAGAUCUUCCCAACUCAUUCAGGUGGCUUAAGUCGCAGCUCUCGAGAACCAAAAUACGAUAUUGAGUUUCACACAGAAGAUUCACCAUUCCUUCCUGACGAUGAUCAAGAAUCUGUGGCCAUGCCAAAGAAGAACGGAGAAAAAUUUCUUUGUUACUUGCCUAAGGUGGAGAAAUCAAAGAGUGACAAGCCAACCAUACGUCAAAACACAUCCAGUUUGAUUUUGGAAACUGAAAAACGCUUCAAGUUGAAGACACCAGAUGAACUACUUGAAGCACUUAAAGACGAAUGCUUUAUAAGGCAAGAAGGAUGGUGGACAUAUGAAAUUUGUUAUCAAAAGAAGUUGCGUCAAGUUCAUCUGGAGGAUGGUAAGGUUGUUCAAGAAUUUGUAUUGGGUGAAUAUGAUGCCGAAGCUACAGCUGCUUACAACCGUAACGAAUCUAACAUUUCAACUUUGAAAGAUCCUCGUUCGAAAGAUGCAUCACAAAGGUAUCAUGCUCAUCAAUACACAAAUGGAACCAUGUGUGAUCUUACAAAUGAGCCUCGAGAAACUGAGGUGAGAUUUGUUUGUUCUGAACCUAGAGCUAUGAUUAGUUCUAUCACCGAGUUAUCAACUUGUAAAUAUGCACUCACAAUUCAGUGCCCAAUGCUUUGCAAACACCCGUUGUUCCAAGAAGAAAGACCAGUUUGGUAUACAAUCAACUGCAAUCCACUCUCGAAAGAUUACAAACAACCAAAUGCAGAGGAUGACACUCUGGAUCGUAGGAUUGCAAUGAUAACUAAUAAGGAAUCGUCAUCGUCCAGGCCGGUUUCAGAAGAAUAUGCAACAUAAAGAUGUAUGCACGUUGAAUCCCAAUUUUCACAUCAAAUUAGCAAACAGAAAAAUGUGGUGGUUUCCUGAUAGUUUUGAUCAUUUAUUAGUACUUAUGGUACAGUUUUUUCUGACUAUAUAGUAAAGUCCGUGGAAGUUGACGCAAACACAACUCAUGCUGUGUGAUUAUAGGUUAAUGUUAUUGCACCCUGUUGUUUUAUUAUCAAGAAAAGCGGAUAGAUAUUGUAGUUGUAUUUAUAUAGCAUGUAGUUUAAACAGCUGGAUAAUAUGGUGCGAACUUUUCGUUU